AAGUAGGUACUAUAGGCCUAUAGGUUUUGACGUUUUCGUGCUAAUUAACGAAUUAAAAAAACCUAUAAAACGUCAUCGGUGGUUGCUUUGUGUCAGUGCCUUGUCUUAUCUUCACGAACAAUUUAUCUAAACAAUAGAAUUUCCAGAUGGUACCGUUUUGUAUGUGUACAAAAAUACAAAAAUAAGUGUCAGUAAACGUUUUUGAAGUGUUGUCCGUGAUCAUUAUGUGAUUACUUUCUCUUUUAUCGCUUCAGUGACUGUGAAUUGCGACAUACAGAAUGAGUCGUUCUACAAACGAAAUGUUAUUCAGCCUAUCGGACACCCCGAAUGGGACGAUCGAUGAUAGCUGCAUGCUAGUGAACACAUCGCAGAGUAUUAUCAUCACGGGUGCCUACAAUGGAAUCCCUCAGACUUUGAUCCUAAAUUUGAUAGCAUGGUCGUUCCUUAUUUUAUUGUUUACUGUGCUUCGAAGGACGGCAUGGAACUACGGGAGAAUGGCACUCGUCCAGCGCACCAGGGGUCGCUGGACAAACUUAUUCUAUCGCGCUCGAGAUGGUGAUGCAUUGGUCGAGCGCCGCCGCAGUGCAGACGAGUCUUCAAACAUUGACGAAGGGCUCUUUACGUGGGUUCCGGCCGUGUUUCGCAUCACUCGUGAACAGGUUCUCAUAAAGUGUGGUCCUGAUGCUGUGCACUAUCUUUCCUUCCAGAGACAUGCUAUUACACUAAUGUUCAUCAUAACCUUAGCAUCUAUUGGCAUUAUCUUGCCCAUAAAUUUCCAAGGGACCAAUUUAAAUGUGGACACUGGAACAUUUAGUCGAACAACACUUUCCAACUUAAAUGGAAGAUCUUACUGGCUUUGGGUACAUACUUUACUGUGCAUCUCUUUCUUACCUAUAUCAGUGCUUAUCAUGAGAAGAUGCACUGGGCGCAAACCCGUACCUACAUCUAUGACUGGGACCAUCAUGAUAACGAACAUAGCCAAGGCUGACAGAAAUGAGUCAACCAUUCGAGCCUAUUUUGCUCACAACUUUCCUCAUAUACAAAUUGUAGACCUUCGCUUAGCUUAUAACAUCAACAAGCUCAAUGAAGUUUUAGAACAAAAAGAAAUGGUAACUGAAGCUUUAAUCUACACUGAUACAUAUUUCAAGAAGACUGGGAAACGUAUUGCUGUUAAACCAACUUUGUGUGGACCUGAAAUUGAUGCUUUGGAAUUUUACACAAAUGAAGAAAAGAGGUUAAAAGAUGAAGCUAAGAGAAGUCGUGCCAUGGUCCUCAAUGAUCCUUUGGGAGUUGCCUUCUUAACUUUACCCUCAUAUCAGCUAGCUGAACAUGUGAUGAACCACUUCAGUCUCCAUCGUGGCUGGGUGCUGUCACAUGCUACUAACCCUGCAGAUAUUAUUUGGGAGAAUCUAAGUGUGAAGCCUGGAAUCUGGUAUGUUAAGGCCAUCAUAGUCAACUUUUUCCUCUUUGUUGUUUUGUUUUUCUUGACUACUCCUGCAUUUGUUGUUAGUUUGUUCAACAGGACCGUGGUCAAACCAGAUUCUCCUAACAAAAUUACUUCUAUCAUCUAUGAUUUCUUGCCCACAUUAUUAUUAUGGACCAUGGCUGCAGUGAUGCCAGCCAUUGUAGCAUUCUCUGAUAAAUUCUUGUCACACUGGACCAAGUCACAGCAAAAUUAUUCAAUUAUGACAAAAACUGUGUCAUAUCUCCUACUGAUGACCUUGAUCUUGCCAUCAUUAGGUCUCGCCAGUGCCGAGGCCUUCCUUAUGUGGACAUUACAACACCAGAAUAACACAAUGCGUUGGGACUGCGUGUUUCUCCCUGACAAGGGUGCUUUCUUUGUGAAUUAUGUUAUCACCUCAGGCUUUAUUGGUACGUCAUUAGAGUUGAUUCGUUUUCCGGAAUUGUUCUUAUAUGUGUGGUAUCUAUUGCAAUCAAAAUCGAGAGCGGAAAAAAGUUACGUGAAAAAGGCUAUAUUGUACGAAUUCCCAUUCGGCGUGCACUACGCUUGGAGCAUUGCGAUAUUUUCCAUCACCACGGUGUACAGUCUGGCGUGCCCGCUGAUCGCGCCGUUCGGGCUCAUCUAUCUAAUGCUGAAGCACGUGGGGGACAAGCACAACUUGUACUUCGCGUACGGGCCAAGCGACAUGAGCGGCAUGGGCGGUGGUCGGAUCCACGCCACCGCUGUCAGACUCAUACGAGUCUCCGUUCUCCUCUUACUGAUCAGCAUGGCCGCCUGGGCUGGUCUCCGGGCCGGCUUCGAAGCUAGAACUAUAAUAUUGAUAAUGGCCUCGAUUGUGGCUUUCGGGACGUUUUUGCUGUUGAGUCCGUUUCCGAGUUGCACCCCACCCGCGCCCCUGCAGGCCGAGUCCAGUGUGAGGUUCCAAGAGUACAUCGCCCCCGUGCUACUAAAGCCGGUGGAUACGCCCCCGACAACGACGCCGACGACCCCGGAUUACGGGGCAUCAUCGCCUGUUAACAACAAUUCAUACAAUUCGGGCCCCAUCAACAUUUAAAAUAUAAAUCGUUACUUGCAAUCUUAUUUUAUCACGUGAUAAUUAUUACAUUUUCGUUAAAAGAUGGAUGCUAUCUCGCGAUAAUAAUGAAGAAAAUGAUAGCUAUCGAUUUUUUGACGAUGUCGAUUUGAUAAAAAGUAUUAAUGUGUGAUUAAAAAUAUAUAUCAUUGUAAAUAAAUGUGCAAUAUUUUUGUAUUUAAUUUAAAAACAGGACUUGUAUCCAAGAUAUUUUAGACAAAAAUACACAUCUACAAAAAAAAAAAAAAAAAUUAAAUAAAUGGAACGAAAUUUUUGACUGUUUACGUUUCAUACAUGCUUUUUUUGCGUGAACAUUCGACUAAUUUAACAUUUCAAAAUAGUAUGAAAACAUCAGAUUUUGUUUUAUAUAAUAGUAAUGCACUUCUUAUUCGAACUAAUUACAUUUAUAAAAAUGCAAAAUUUUAGAUUUUAGAGUCAGUGUGUUAAUCAAUUGGAAUUACUCAGUAUCGUCACGCCGCACACGCGCGAGUUUCAAAGGUCGUUCAUUAAAAACGAACUUCCGAACGGAAAAUUAAAGAAAAUUCCACUCUACUAGAGAGAUUGAUCUAACUAGUUUGUUAUUGUAUACGCUCUCAAUAUUAUUGUUUAUCGCAUGUUAGUUUAACCUGUGACUGGCUGUGAUCAUGAACACAAAACAGAAUUUGAAAGUACAUAAAAAUGUUCUUUUUAUGUUCUUUCAUCCUUUUUUUUUUAUUGCUUAAAUGGGUGGACGAGCUCACAGCCCACCUGGUGUUAAGUGGUUACUGGAGCCCAUGGACAUCUACAACGAAAAUG